CCAGAUAGUGCCGGUGCUGCCGCAGUGCAGUCGGAGCUAAGCAGCUAAGGGAUGUCGGUGCCCCAUGGACCCACCCCGGCUCCUGUCGCAGAGCCUCAUGCCCAGGAGCCAGGCUCGGACAAGAGAGAUGGUCACCUCUCAGUCUGUACAAAGGUGUGCUAUGGCAUUGGCGGGGUCCCCAACCAGGUGGCCUCCAGCGCUUCAGCCUUCUACCUGCAACUCUUCCUACUUGAUGUGGCUCAGAUCCCUGCUGCCCAGGUGUCGCUUGCCUUGUUUGGAGGGAAGGUGUCUGGGGCAGUUGCGGACCCUGUGGCUGGCUUCUUCAUCAACAAGAGCAGAAGGACAGGGUCUGGACGGCUAAUGCCUUGGGCACUGGGCUGCAUGCCCUUAAUCGCACUGGCCUACUUCUUCCUGUGGUUCCUGCCCCCAUUCACCAGCCUGCGUGGGCUCUGGUAUACCAGCUUCUACUGCCUGUUCCAGGCCCUGGCUACGUUCUUCCAGGUGCCCUACACUGCGCUCACCAUGAUCCUCACCCCAAGCCCCAGGGAGCGAGACUCUGCCACCGCGUAUCGGAUGACCAUGGAGAUGGCAGGGACGCUGUUGGGAGCCACUGUCCAUGGGCUCAUUGUAUCCAGUGCCCAUGGGUCCCAGAGGUGUGAGGAUGCUGUGCACCCCAGGAGUACUGUUGUCUCCCCAGACGUAGCUUGCCUCUAUUGUAUUGCAGCUGCCGUGGUUGCCUUGACUUACCCUGUGUGUGGCAGUUUGCUGUGUCUAGGAGUGAAGGAGCAGCCAGACGCGUCUGCCCCAGACUCAGGCCAAGGCCUGAGCUUCUUCACAGGCUUGGCCAUGACUUCCCGGCACCCACCCUACCUGAGCCUGGUCGUCUCCUUCCUGUUCAUCUCAGCCGCCGUCCAGGUGGAACAAAGUUACCUCGUCCUGUUCUGUACACAUGCCUCUAAGCUACAAGACCACGUUCAGAACUUGGUGCUAACCAUCCUGGUCUCAGCCGUGCUGAGCACCCCACUGUGGGAGUGGGUUCUCCAGCGAUUUGGGAAAAGGACAUCUGCAUUCGGCAUCUGUGUGAUGGUGCCCUUUUCUAUCUUGUUGGCUGCUGUGCCCUCAGCACCGGUGGCCUAUGUUGUGGCCUUUGUCUCUGGCGUGAGCAUUGCUGUGUCCCUGCUGCUGCCUUGGUCCAUGCUGCCAGAUGUGGUGGACGACUUCCAGUUGCAGCACCGGCAUGGCCCAGGCGUGGAGACCAUCUUUUACUCAUCCUAUGUCUUCUUUACGAAGCUGUCAGGCGCAGGCGCCUUGGGCAUCUCUACCCUCAGUUUGGAGUUUGCAGGGUAUGAGGCAGGAGCCUGCCAGCAAGCAGAAGAAGUGGUGGUUACCCUCAAGGUCCUCAUCGGCGCUGUGCCCACCUGUAUGAUCAUUAUUGGCCUGUGCAUCCUCCUGGUUGGCCCUACUCCCAAGAUGCCAUGCCAGGACACUUCCUUCCAGCUAAGCCUUCGGAGGAGGACUAGCUACAGCCUUGCCUGAACUUUAAAGGGAAAUCUGUGAGCUGGAGAGGAAACAAACCCUACAUUUUCUGGAACUCUCUUCAUCCGGCCCUAGAGUGCGUCCUAGCAACUUAGCUCAGGGAUUUCCCCUUGUGUGUGGAGACUUUAGUGACAUCCCCUAAAGCGUGUGGUCCAGGCUUCAGGAACUAACUCCACUCCCGAGCUCCUUGCCUGUUGAACCUGGAUCCUAUCAGGCUUGUGCCCAGACGGCUCCACCUUCAAGAAACCUGAUUCUGAAAGCAUCUUCCUUGAGGAUUUCCGUCAUCUGGAAGGCCCUGCCUCCCCUGCCUGUCUACAUUCCCUUUGCUAAAUGGCAGCGCUCCAACACAGGAACACAGAGGCAGGCCUGGCUUGCACUGAGACUCCAGAGGACACCCGGCCACAGUGUGAGUGAGCGGGCUGAGGAAACAGGACAUGUAGGAAGCUAAGCGGGUGUUUGUCCAGCAUUUCGCAUUGUUUACACGAGCUGAGGUCACUUCGUCUGUCAGUAGCCAGAGGAUGGCAUGGAACCAUCAGAGGCUGGCCACUUUUACAAAUAAAUUGUGAAAUAUUCUGAAAUUCUAUGAUAGAUGUAAAACCACAGAAUAGGGAUUGCAGUCUUCUGAGGUCUCUGUCUUUGGGGAAGAAAGAUUCACUGGGGUUUAUAUUUUUUUCCAAAAACAAAUUUAGCUGGGUAUGGUGAUGCACACAUGCAAUCCCAGCACUGAGGAGGCAGAAGCAGAAGAAUCAAGAGUUCGAGGCCAGCCUCUGCUACAUAUCAAGUUUGAGGCCAGCCUGAAUAACUUGAGUCCCUGUCUUAAAAGUGAAUAACAACUAAAGCUUAUUUGCUACCAAUGGAUAAAAUGUGGCUGUGGGUGGCCUAGCAACCCAUGCUGGAGUCCCCUGAGAAGCCAUUAGCCUCGGCCACUAUCCCGCCGAUCUGGCACCAUGUUGAGUACUGGAUGGAUUAGUGAAAAUCAGGGCCGCCCCUAGAGCAAAAGCAGAUCACUUCUCUUACUGCUAUCCCCUCCUGCCAUUCCUAUGGGCUCCUGACCUCCACACCAGAACCCAUUAACCUUGGUUUCAGCCUCCAUAAUAAAGACAGUGCAUCUCCGCAGGACAGACUCCAGCACACAGAAGACAGAAGGACAUGUGUAUAUUGUUUCUACUUUUGCCACAAGUAACUGCUUUACUUGUUUCUUCUAAAGAUUUAUUUUCUUUAUGUGCAUGUGUUUGUGCCUUAGUAUGCAUGCAUGCAGAUGCCAGCAGAUACCAGCAGAGGGCACCAGAGCCCCUGGAGCUAUGGUUGGGGGCGGGGUAGGCGGCCCACCCUCUGCAAGAGCAGCAAAUGCUCUUAAGCACUGAGCUAUCUCACCAACAUGUUCUUUGUUACUUUCUUAUUGUUUGAGACAAGGUCUCAUGUAGCCCGGGUUGGCCUUAAACUCACUAUGUGGCUGAGGCUGUCCUCGAACUGAUGCUGCUGCCUUUAGCACUCAAGUGCCAGGAUUACAGGCAUGGAUCACAUCUGGUGAAUUUGCUUUAAAAAAAAAAAAUCUAAGUUUAGUUGUUUAGAUAAGAGGUAUGUUGCGGGCCGGGAGAGAUGGCUCAGUGGUUAAGAGCACUGACUGUUCUUCCGAAGGGCCCGAGUUCAAAUCCCAGCAAACACAUGGUGGCUCACAACCAUCCUAAUGAGAUCUGACUCCCUCUUCUGCUGUGUCUGAGACAGCUACAGUGUACUUACAUACAAUAAAUAAAUAAAUAAAUCAA